AUGCGAUUCAAGAAUCACUUCCUACAAACGAGAGUCACUUUUCUCAGUCACUUAUCGCCGCCGUCAAACCUCCGCAAAGCAAUCUACUUUUCUUCUUGCCAAACCAGUUCCUCCGAUUGGGCCCGCCACAACCAACUGUUUCAAAGGCACCCCAAAUUCCGGCUCCUCGAAGAACAAUGCCAGAAAAAACCUCACCUUCUCCAACACCUCGUUUCCUACGUUUUCGUUUCGGGCCUCCACCGCAACGCGUUCGUAAUAAGCCGCCUGCUCUACGUGAGCUUGAUUGACCCGGGUGCAAAUCCGGAGCUCGGGGUUCGGAUUUUCCACAGUACCGAAAACCCCAAUAUUUUCUCCUGGAACACAGCGAUCAGAUUCUUCGCGGGCUCGGAUCCCCCAACCUCACUGCGUUAUUACGUGGAAAUGCUUAGAAGGGAUUCUUUUCCCGAUAGAUACACGUUUACGUUCUUGCUGCAGGCCUGUGGAGCUGUUUUUGAUCUGGGCUUGGUUCAACAAGUUCAUUCUCACGUUCUCAAACUGGUUCCUGCUCAAUGUUCGUUUGUGGCAAAUUCUCUGCUCGGUGCGCACUUGGCAUGUGGCUCGGAAUUGGACGCACGGUUAGUGUUCGAUGAAAUGCCUGAAAGAGAUGUCGUUACAUGGACUUGCAUGAUCUCGGGCCUCGUCUCCCUAUCCAAUUUUGUGGGAGCUUUUCUCACCUUUCGAGACUUAAUCCUCGAUAACAGCCAAACGCGGCCCAACCCCAUCACCAUCAUAUCCACAAUGUCGGCUUGCGCUGGAUUGGGAUGCACAAACCUCACCAAAUGCAUGCACUCUUAUCUAGAAAAAUCCGGAUGGCUCGAGCUCAAUCCCUCGAUCGUUAACUCACUAAUGGACGCCUAUGCGAAAUGCGGUGACGUGUGCUAUUUUCGGAAAGUUUUCGACAGCAUACGGAUUUCCGAGCGAGACUUGUAUUCAUGGACGUCAAUCAUCUCCGGAUACGCCAUGCUCGGACUUGGGCCCGAAGCCCUCGACAUGUUCUUGCAAAUGGAGAAAGAACGUAAAUUCAUUCCCGAUUCCGUUACUUUUGUUGCGGUUUUGUCGGGUUGCGCCCAUUCUGGUCUGGUCAAGGAAGGUUUACUCGUUUUCGAGUCGAUGGUUACGAAAUAUAAGAUUAAGCCCGAUUUAAAACACUAUGGAUGUGUGGUUGACCUCUUGGCCCGAGUUGGUUUGUUAAAACGGGCUUAUGGUAUUGUGGAAAGCAUGCCGAUGGAGCCUAAUUUAGUGGUUUUGGGAUCUUUAUUGAACGGUUGUAGGCUCCACAAUAACUUGGAGAUGGGGAGAGAUGUAUCGAGAAAAAUCGAGACGUUGAGUGAGAGAGGUGGGGCCCGCGUGCUUUUAUCCAAUAUGUAUGCGAACGAGAGGCAAUGGGGUGAAGUUAUGAGUAUCAGGAAAGAAGCGAGAGAGAUGAUGACGAAGAAGAAGGGGAAACCACCUGGUAGAAGCUGGAUAGAAAUAAAAGACGAAGUUCACGAGUUUGUGGCGAGAAAUAGAAGUGAUUCGGAAGCUAUGGAGCUGCACGUGGUUCUUGAAGGUCUGGAAAAGCUUUCGAGAUUGUAG